UACUUAAUCAACAACAUUCUGAAUAAAUCCUCCUACAUUGUCCACAAUCCUUUGCACUGGGUGUUGACAUGCAAAUUUGUCGAAUGCGAUUAUCUUUGCCCUGGUUCUAAUCCAAUGACGCUCUCAAAAAAUACGACUUGAAUGUGGUUUCCUAUGCCCUGCGGGUGCUCCACGGAUGACUGGUGGCACAGUUCUAGAUCUGGCUAUGAACAAAAUAGGACGAGUACAAGGGUAUGCUGCAGGUCAGCAUCCAGAUCAAGGUGAGUUGGCCGCCACUGGCCACUCACGAGCGAUGCCUGUGGUCAGCAAGUAUACUUGUGCCUCGUACAGAACAUCUACAUGUGACAAUACAUAUCAGCCAAGCCCAUGCACAGCUCGAACAAGUUAUGGCAUGGACCGUAUGGGGAAAGAAGUAGAUGUCCGAAAGUUUAAAGAUGUCAAGGUUCAAACCCCCCGCAUCCAAACGUGCACCUUAACGUCCCGAAUCCGGCGCCUUGGAGAAAACCUAUGUACGCCACAUCGGUCUUUCCCUUCCUUUGCAAACAAAGUUCCCGGACAUCGGGUCUUUUCGAGCCCUAUGCUUCACCAUAAUCCAGUUUGGAGCUCUACACAGAGGAUCGUAGGUCGUCUCCACCAGCUAGCUGUUCCGCGAGUGCACGAUCAGCUCCAAUACGCGAGAAAAUAGACCUUGAUUCCCAGUCUAGACUUCAUGGAGGAUACGCAGUAAGCAUUGGUACCUUGGAGCUGGGAAAAGCUUCCCUAGAGACCAGGGUGAAUCGACCUCUUGGAGCGCCAUCGACCACCUACAGAGAUUUGAUGCCUGGAUACUAUCCGAGCUUUACCACAGUGCUUGUAUCAGAGUUUGACGACCUUUGUGAAUAGCCUUGAUGUAGCUACCAUUUGGCUAUACGCAGCAUCCGAGAAGGACGCAAUCACUGGGAAACCGG